GUAUAUCAAACUUUAAGCCAGAAAAAGACAAGAAACAGAACGCAAAAAGCACAUUGUAGAUUAGGCUUAAAGACAAGUUCGAAUGCGUCACGUGUCCGCUGCUCGCGCCAGAAUUUUGACAAGAGAGCGUAUAGCGUAGCUUUUCGACGAGAGAGAAAUUUUCACGCGAGAGGAAUUAUUAUAUGUUUGUGAUUUAUUACUACCAAUAGUGAGAAAUUAUCAGAAAGAUAAACGCAUUAUCGUAUUUGUACAAUGCGAAGAUAGAAAAAAUAGAAAAAGAUUAUCUGUGCGUGCGCAUAUUCCAAUAAUCAUACGUGUCUAUUCUACAGGUGUCGAUUGAUGGUAUAUAUCAUUGUUGCUAUUAUAGCAUUUUUUAUAGGAUUACUAAUUAAAGUCAGCAUCGACGAGUGGUUAGCUGAUUUAAGCAUGAAGCGGUUAUCUUUGAAGAGAAAUCGUAAGAAUGAUACAAGUGAGGUAGUAGAGAUUUCAGAUGACGAUGAAAGUUUUGAUGCAUUGUCUAGUGCAAAGACAUUCACAGAAAAUAAUAAAUGUACAGCUGAAACAAGUAAUGUUUCAAAUAACUUGAUUUAUCCAUGCAGUUCAAACUUUGUGCAUGAUUCAAGCAGUGACGAUGAUAUCAUCGAAGAAACUCCUGAUACUUCUAAAGGAAAUCAUGCAAUGUUUUAUUGGAACAAGAAUUUGAUAAAACCCAGAUAUCAAAGUCAUAUGCCACAAUAUCAAAAUAUUUCUAAAAGUGACAACUCACUUGAUUCAGGACUCACAGCGUCACAUAUGGAAUCUGAUAAUAAUGAUCAUAAUAACUUGGCCACCUUGGGCGAUACAGAGAAAGAAGCUCCACCACCUCAAGUUACAGCAAAUGAUGAUGAAAUUAUGAUUGCUGGUGUCAAAGUCAAAUUUCCUAUCAAACCAUAUCCAUGUCAAAAAGCUGUAAUGAGUAAGCUUAUCAGUGGAUGCACUAAAGAGGAGAACUGUCUUAUAGAAAGUCCAACUGGUAGUGGCAAAACCUUGGCACUUCUUUGUGGAGUUUUAGGAUGGCAAGAGCAGUAUAGGGAAAAUAUUCACAAGAAUAACGCUGAAUAUGAUAACGCCAUGGAUAUCGAAAACUGCUGUGGUGCAGAUGGCGAUGCUUCCUUUAAUUUAAGCCCUAACGACAAAUCUUACGAUAAAAUAUCGAGCAAAGCAACACAGCGAAUGCCGAAGAUAUUCUACUGUACACGAACACACAACCAAAUUGGGCAAAUAGUCAAAGAAUUGAAGACGACCGCGUACAAGCAUAAGAGGAUGACUAUAUUGAGUAGUCGAACGUAUACGUGUAUCCAAGAUACGAAUAAGAACAAGGAUGAGCUCUGUCAUGAGUUGCUCGAUCCGAAAAAGUCUAAUAGAUGUCCGUAUUACAACGAAAAAAAUAAAAAAGAUAUGGCGACGUUUGAGGCAAUAAAUUGUCUCGGACUGGAGACUCCUUGGGAUAUCGAAGACUUGAUUUCAUUGGGCAAACUGUACCAGGCUUGUCCAUAUUAUGCCGCGAAAUCCCUGAUGUCUGAUGCGGAAAUCAUCAUGUGUCCUUACAACUACAUUAUAGAUCCGAAAAUUCGUGCGAGCAUGCAAAUCAACUUGAAAGGCCACAUUGUAAUUCUCGACGAGGCUCACAAUAUCGAGGAUAUUUGUCGAGAGGUCGCCAGUGUGGACAUCAAAGAUAUUAAACUCAUGAUUGCCUCUAAGGAAUGUAAAGAACUCUCAAUCCUGCCCGACGCUGACAAAAAUACGUACAUCACUAUAUAUACGUACCUCUGUGACGUAGGAAAUUUCCUUAAGAAUCUCGACGUCAAUCUAAAUCCGGAAAACAGGCAGUAUCAUGGAAUGAUCAGUAAACAAUGGUCCGGCGUCGAAUUCCUCGAAAUGCUUGACAUCGAUCAUAUCGGAAUUUCUAGAUUUCCCAAUUUUUUGGCCGCUAGUAAUGCGGCCAUUCAGGAUUACAAUGAAUCGAGGGAGACCCAUUCCAGAAGAAUUAUACCUACUAUCACGGUCGAGACUAAAAAAAUCCUCGAAGAACUCCGUUUCGCCCUGGAAACGAUCAGAGACUAUGUUCAUGACUACAGAGUAUAUGUUGUGGAAACUGAAGAAUAUAAGACCGCAAAUAUGAAGGUGUGCGAAGACGUCUGGGUUCCGACGAGAAAUAAGCAUCAACGAGUGCGAAUAUUGAAACUUGUGUGCAUGAAUCCCGCGGUGGUUUUCGUACCUAUGGCCCGCACCGUCCGCUCAGUGAUACUCGCUUCGGGUACGUUGACGCCGAUCAUGUCGUUUGAAAGCGAACUCGGAAUACAAUUUCCCCACAAGCUUCACGCCAAUCACAUCAUACCAAGGGAGCAAGUGUAUGUAAGGUGUAUACCACGAGGACCGGGUGGUGAACUUCUGAUAGGCAACUACCAAAAUAUCAACACCUGGACUUUUAAGGAUGAACUCGGUAACUUGGUUCUUCAAGUGUGCGACGCGGUGCCGUAUGGUAUAUUAUGCUUCUUCUCAUCUUACGAGUCUAUGAAGAACAUUCUUGAUAGAUGGAAAAGUACCGGCACUUGGGCCAAACUCGCGGAAAUUAAGGAGAUUUUCGUAGAGUCGAGAGAAAAGAAAGAGCUACCUGAGCUGAUGAGACAAUACAGAGAAGUAAUUCAAGAAUCGUUGUCGUAUUCUUUCCGGGAAAGAUGCGGAGCUAUCAUGUUCGCAGUCUUCAGAGGCAAAGUGGCGGAAGGAACCGAUUUCAAGGACAAUGAAGCACGAUGCGUAUUAACAAUCGGUAUACCAUAUAAAAAUAUGAAGGACAAGAAUGUAUUGAUGAAGAAGGAAUACAAUGACUCCAAUGUGUCUAAAGGAUUGUUGUCCGGUUUAGACUGGUAUAAUAUAAACGCGUUCAGGACGUUGAAUCAAGCACUGGGUCGUUGCAUCAGACACAUAAACGAUUGGGGCGCGAUAUUGAUGGUGGAGUCGAGGUUACAGAAACCAGAAUAUAAAGAAAAAUUGCCAAAGUGGAUCAAAGAAAUGUGGAGAGAAGAUACCAAAGAUUAUAACCUACAGGUAGAACUGGAGAACUUCGUGGCAAGACAAGCUGCACGUGAAUCAGGAAAGGAAUAUGUUCAUGAAAAAGGAUUAAAAGAUUACAAAAUAUAAGUUUAUAAGAUAGAUUAAAAAGAUUAUGAAUUAAAU